UGGCGCGGUUCUUUCGAACAGAGACCAAACAGAGAGAGCGCGAGCAUUAGGUCAUUACGGUCACCGCACCUUUUUCUUUUUCGUUCGUUCCCCCGGUCCUCCGUUCGCGGCCAGUCCUACGGUCCCCGCGCGCACGCCAGACGCCUCCCCUACGCCUUCACGCACCCGACGCUCAUUCAAGACCCGUACGAACUCGAACAGUAACGUUCCGGACAUGUUUCCCCUCGUACUUACCCUGGUGCUCGCCCUCCUUUCCUUCCUGGCGUCCGCCUUCGUAAUUCUUCGUAUUGUUCUACCCGUCCUCCCUCCGUCGCCGUUCAGCCGCCGUGUCGCACCGGCCGAGUUUGGCCUCCCCAACUUCAAGGAGCUCACUACCGCGGACAAGGCUCACCUAUGGCUUGCAACCCUUGACAUUGCCGCUCUUGCGAUGCUCGUGUGGGAGGUCCUUAUGCAGUCGAUGGGCAGCGCCACUGGGUUCGCAAUGGCCCAAGACGCAGGCUCAUCGGUUCGCAUCUGGCUUGCCAUGACCGUCCGCCAGGGGUGCCUCCUUGCCAUCCUCGGACUUACCCUCCUUCACGUUCGCCGCGGACAGUCGACGUCGCUCGGGAGGAGCCACUGGCUUAUCCUUGCGCCUGUGGCCAUCCUGACCAUCACUUCCUCGGCUGUCGCUGGCGUCCUGGCGGGCGCAGGCGUGAACACCCUCUUCACGGGUCUCGCGGGCUACACCUCGGCCGUUGCGCUCCUCGGCUCGACGCUGUUCAUCAGCCUCGCCGUCACCCUGUUCAAGAUUCAGCGCAACCUGAACGCGGUCCCCGAGGAGGAGGACAACUGGCCCCCGGUCCGCCGCGUCGAGGAGGACAAGCCUCGUCCGUCGUUCACGACUGACGAGGUCGAUGCCCUCCGCGACGGCGCAUCGUGGAUCACCAGCACCGCGGGCUCCCGUCGCGGCUCCAUCUCCGCCUGGAGCUUCAGCACGCACCACACGUCGCACCAGGAGCACCACGGGGGCCGCCCCCAGAACGGCAACUACCCGUCCGUCCCGGCGAAGAACUCCUUCUGGUUCGGCAACCCCAGCGGCGACCUCGAGGUGCCCCCCGUCCCGCCCCUGCCGGUGCACUAUGGUCCCAUCUCCCCCUCGGCGUCCGACCUUCGGGACGAGGACCCCUUCCGCCGCACUUGCCCCAGCCCGCUCCCCGACAUCCCUGACCACCCGAUUAACCCGCUCGGCUCGCAGACGUCGUGGCUCACCUCGACGAACGGCUCGCACAUCACCAUGUCCGCCUGGUCCUUCCCGACCACGGUCGGUGGCCGUGCUCCCGGCAGCUCUACCAGCAGCGCCACGAGCACCGCAAGUGCGCCGCAGCUGAACGCUCAGCUGCUGCCCUCGAGUGUCCCGACCCGUCCGACGACGCCGGCUCUUUCGAACGCACAGGUCCUCGGCGGCUACGGGUACACGGGUGACGCGGAGAAGGGUCUCCAGGCUGGCCACAACCACGGCGAGGUGCCCAUCUCCACCGCUCGCGUCGUCGCCUGGAUGGUUCUUAUGUGGCUCCCCAUUGCGCUUGCACUCCCCUUGCUUUGUUCCGUGGGCCCGAGCCAGGACCCGUCGUCGACGAUGUCGCUGCUCUUGAUCCUCUCCGUUGUUUUGUCGUCGCCCAUGCUCACGAUCAUGAUCCUCUGCGGCUGGGGCCUUCCGAUCCCGACGGCUGAUCUCUUCGUUACGAACCUGCCCACGAACAUCCGCGUCGGCGGCUCGUCGAGCAAUACGCUCCUGAACCGCUUCUCGCACGAGUACAAGCGCUCCUGCAGCGCGUCGGUCACCGUCGUCGAGGGUCGCCGCAGCGGCGAUGUCUGGAUCGAGAAGAAGCAGGCGGUCGAUGGGAAGGACAAGGUCGGCCGCGCCGUCGAGAUGAUGCUCCCGCGCCCCAAGCUAUCCGUCAUGCCCGUCAAGGAGUCCGACCACCUCAUGCCCCCGACGCCCUUCCGCGCCGACGACGCUGCAACGCUCUCGUCUGGUGGUAGCCCCGCCUCUGCGCUCACCGCCGAGUUCGGCCGCCUCCGCAAGGACUCGAAGGCCAGCUCGCGCCUGUCUGGCAGCUCGGCGCACCAGGAGUACACCACCCGCAUCAUGGUUGCCCAGCGCCACUACUCCGCGCUCGCGAAGACCAUCGAGAUCCAGGCGUCGCCCGAGAAGCGCCCCUCCGCUGAGACGAUGGUCGAUGCGGAGGCGACUGGCGCGCAGAAGAAGCGCACGUCGGUUAUGGGCGCGGGCCACCUCCGCAAUCGCUCCGUGCCCUCCAUCUAUGGACCGGAGACGCCUACCGGCGGUAGCUUCAGGGGCCUAAACCCGAGCCCGACGCCCCCGCCGGCCUUCCCGCUGCCGCCGACGCCGCCCAGCGUGCGUACGGCGCGCCUCGCCCAGCUUGGACACAAGAAGAGCUUCUCAUCCGGCUUCGACUUCAGCCCCAUCAACGACAUGCACGAGAUCGACGCACUCACCGCGGGCGUUCUCCCCAUUCUCGUACCCGGCCUGAAGGUCGGCGAAGAUAUGCGGAUCAAGCAGGGCAAGUAUACGCCGCCCGAGUCGAUGUCGCGAAGGACGGUGAAGAUGGUCAAGAAGGCUAGCCCAGGUGUCGACGAGUUCGGCAACGAUUGGUCGUCGCCGCAGUUCCACUCGACGCCGGCGCGUCGUCCGCGUGAGGCGCGUAGCAGGAAGAGCUCGCACAGGAGCCACUACAGUCUGCCCAGCCUCGGUUUGGGCAUGGACGGAGUGCACUCCCUUCAGCGCUGGAGUGCCGAGAUCGCACACGACAUCGAGAACAAAGUGCGCAUGCUGACGGCUGCCCCUGAGAGCGAGCUUGGGCGACGUGCCACCGUAUUCGGCGGCGAGACCGUCCCCAACACGAUUCCGAACAUGCGCGUUGCGGACAAGGCCGAGCAACGUGCUCCGACUACCAAAUUGAGCCGUCAAGCGAGCAUUCGAUCGCUCGGUCUCCGUCCCGAAGUGCCCCACACGGCGCGCUCAUCUCUGAUUUCUAUCCCUGACCCCCUCUCUGCUGCUUCUACUGCUACGCUUUUCGAACUAGACCCGCCCCAGGCAGAGAGCACGCCUCACAACACUGCCGUGUCACGCCGCCGCGUUUCGCAAGACCCUGCGCCUCCGAUGCCCAACAUCCCCCAGCACGUCAAGGACGAGACUCGCACUUCACGACGCCGCUCCAGCAUAGUAUAUAUCCGAUCUGACGACGCGCCCAUGCCCAUCGACGCCCCGACCACGACCUCAACACGUCCCAGGAAGCCCUCACUCGUACAGCGUGCUGUACGUCCCCUUAUACCCAAGAAAUCCGCCAAGCUGCGCAAGUCGGACCCGGAGAACGACACCACCUCCUCCCCCCGCGGUUUGCGCCCCCUCUCCCUGCUCCAAACCCGCGAUGUGAACGCGCCUGUCGUGGCCGUGCAAGACGCGGCGACGAAGCCGCUUUCCGUGGGCAAGAAGCAGAAGGAGCGUGCGAGCAGGCGCGCCGUUGUGGACGCGGAGAACGUGGACCCCACGCAGGCCGCCACCGCCUCUACUGGCGGCAAGAAGCGCGGCCUGCGCCCGCUCCAGCUUGGCCGAUCGGAUACCAGCAAGAUGCGAGCCAUCUUGCAACGGGAUGAGGACGUCCCGAACGUCGUCGUGCGUCCGCCCUCGGGCGUCGAAUCGUACUCCACUUACCGGGCGUACGCUGCAUGAGGCCGCCGCCGUCAGAUGAUACCCCCCACUAUGCUCAGCGCUCCGUGACCGGACGAUGAUGCAUGAUAUCCCAUUGCUGUUCCCGGCUAUCGUUAUUCGCUAUCUCAUUGACAUUCUGGCUCUGUCGCGUAGGCGCGGCCACCGUCCGCCUACUGCGUGCUUCACUUACGUGCGUGUUCUCGAUGCCUAACGCUUACUUACCUACCUACCGUCAAGUAUCUCUUCAUCUCAUGCGCUUUCAUCUACUUAUCUCUUUUGUUCAGCUAUGCCGCUACCUUGGUACGAUGCUCUCGCAUCCUUGCUUGCUCUCACGUUGACUCGUUGUACUGUACCUUCUGCGGUGAACACUUGUCUCACGAGAUGGACCAUUAUGCUGCCUCUAUGCCCUCCCUCUAUGCUUUUCCGUUGCUUCCUAUCUAUGUAGUUGCUGUUGACAGCAGACCUGACUUUAGAGCCUCCUGCUUGACAGUAGAGCAAUGUACAUUUAGGUUCCAACG